UCCUUUCUUUCUUCUGCAUUUGGCAUUCGGAGUUAAAGGUCGUGUGUGGACCUUAGGUUUAAGUUUAUUAUUAAUUUUAGCCUAAACAUAAGUCAUGGCCAAUAACGACAACUUUGCACAAGACGUUACUGAUAAUCAGCUAAAUGGAAAUGCAGAGAAUGGUGGCGGCGAUACGCAAGAACAUAACAGUGCCGAAGCCCCUGGACGCGAUGAUGACAGAAAACUUUUUGUUGGAGGCCUGAGCUGGGAGACAACAGAUAAGGAAUUAAGAGAACACUUCAGUGCUUAUGGUGAGAUUGAAAGCAUCAAUGUGAAGACUGAUCCAAACACGGGUCGCUCCCGAGGAUUUGCCUUCAUAGUAUUCAAGGCACCUGACUCCAUUGACAAAGUUAUGGCUGCGGGAGAACACACAAUUAACAACAAGAAAGUGGACCCCAAAAAAGCUAAGGCACGACAUGGCAAAAUAUUUGUUGGUGGGCUCAGCAGUGAAAUAUCAGAUGAUGAAAUCAAGAAUUUCUUCAGUAAUUUUGGAACUAUCAUCGAAGUCGAAAUGCCUUUUGACAAGACAAAGAACCAAAGGAAGGGAUUCUGUUUCAUUACAUUCGAAUCUGAGCAGGUCGUCAAUGAACUGCUGAAGACCCCUAAGCAGACCAUCGGAGGGAAAGAGGUGGACGUGAAGCGCGCGACGCCGAAGCCGGAGGGGCCCGGCGGCAUGGGGGGGCGCGGCGGGCGCGGCGGCCGCGGCCUGCGGGGCGGGCGCGGCCGCGGCGGCUACGGCGGCCAGGGCGCCUGGGGCAACGGCGGCUACGGCGGCUAUGGCUACGGACAGGGCGGCUACGGCGGCGGAUACGACGGAUACGGCUACGGUGGCUACGGAUACGACAGCUACGGGGGCUACGGCGGUUACGAUUACUCCGGAUAUCCCAAUUACGACUACGGCGGCUACGGCGCGUACGAGGGCGGGUACGGCGCGCGCGCUGCUCCGCGCGGCAAAGGUGACGUUACAGCCGGGUACCAAGGCGGCAAGCAGCGCGGCGGCGGCGGCGGCGGUCGCGCCAACCAGAGGCACCAGCCCUAUUAAACAGUACCUGCCGAUAGUCAUCUCAGUCCAAUAGUGAGGUUAAGUCACCGGUCAUGAGUGUCCCCCGCGCUUCUCGCCUCGCCGCGCUGGGGGCACGUCAUUUCAUUCCACAUAUUAAUUUAAGGAAGUAAUUGAUAACAUUUUAAGAAGAUUUUUUAAGGGUAAAAAUACUGUCAGUUGCGUAAUUGCCGCGUUCGUACGGCUAUAGCGUAAUUUUAUUAUAAUAUAGUAAUGGAUUAUAGAUUCACUGAGUAUUAUUGCAGAUUGAUUAGAUUUGAAUUGAUUCGAUAAUGACAUUUGUCUCGAAAUUUUACCUUCGUACUGAACUAUAGAAAUAAUGAGUAAAUAUAAUUACUGAGCUUAAAUUUGUAACUGUCCCUGUACGCCGGCGAGUCGUCUUGUGAAUUGUGUGCGUGUAGGAACGCGGAUGCGCGCGUGUGUGUGUCGUGUGAAUGUGUAGUAGUCGCCCUCAUUUGUCACUGUCAGUAAUUGAUCUGGAUCUCAUCACAGAAAUGUAGUUUUGUACUUUGUUUGGUAAAGGAUUGAGCAAUCAGAAUCAUGUAUUUUAUACAAAUUAGAUGUUUCUUCCAUUGAAUAGGGAUGAAAUUAAAUUUUUAGACUAAGUAAUCGGUCAUGAACAAACUGAAGAUAUACCAAGUUGUGUAUGUCAGAAUAAAACAAAUGUGUAAAUAAAAUAUUGACUUUU